AUGGAGGGAGUCCAUGAUCAGACAGGAUGUUUUGUUUGGAUGAUGACUUACUCUUUUGCCUCUUCGGCUUCACUUUAUGACAGUGAUACCAAAGCUGGCACCUUGAUCGCUACCGACCGCUACGGCAAUAAGUACUACGAAAACAUGGAGGAGGAGCUCCCUCUGCGGACAAGAUGGGUCGAUUACAGGGAGAAGGAAUAUGACGCCUCGCAGAUCGAGCCUGGCUGGCACGCCUGGCUGUCUUACAUGGUGGAUGCGCCUCCAACCCAAGACAAGAUCUUGCAGACUGGCCUCCGCGCUUGGGAAUUGCCUGAGCACCGGCCUAACCUGACUCUCAGCCGCGGCGCUUACAAGACCUAUUCGACGUUAGUAUCCCCCCUUAUGGGAGUUUCCCUCCUCCUCGGACCUGAAUUUGUGAAGCCCAAGUACUCCGCUUGGACCCCAGUUGCCGCUCCUCGGUAG